AUGCGGCCGGAGGAUUCCCCGGGCAUGGCGGCGCUCGACCCCGCACUGUCUUCUCUCGGAUUUGAGUACGGCGACAUGUCUCCGGAGAGGGUCACCGGCCGGCUGACUGUCACAACCCCCUGCUGCCAGGUGAGCAUCGGCGGCGCCGCCUCCUGCUCCCCCCCCUUCCCCCCUAGAAAGAGAGAGAGAGAGAGAGACGGAUUUCAUCUCAUCUCAUCUCAUCUGAGUUCUCACUUCCCCUUCCCUUCUUCUCUCUCUCUCUCUCUCUUCCCCUCUCCUUCCGGGCCUCUGCAGCCGAGUGGCUACAUACACGGCGGGGUGUUUGCGCUGAUGGCGGAGUCCCUCGCCAGCUACGGUGCCUUCAUCGCCGCCGGCUUCCAGCGGGUGGCCGCCGUGAACCUCUGCAUCAAUCAUCUCAGCAGCCCCGCCUCCGCCGCCGCCGCCGCCGUCCACGGCGAGGCCCGGCCCCUCGAGUACACCGCGGGGAAGAUCAUCCAGGUAUGGUGACCCUUAUCUUCACUAGCGUAGGUUCUUAACCCAUUUUAAACUGUGCGCCGAAGCAAUCAUCGGUCCCAGUCGAGAUGAGGGAGCGGCCCGAGGCCCGAGCCAGUUAAAAUCCUUCCUAGAAAAGUCAACCAUUCAGAUUCACCGCACCCGUUGACCGCAAAUGUAAAUGUGACCAAAAAAAGCCCCUUCCAUCCCCUUCCUGCGUGUAGGUAUGGGAGGUGGACUUCUGGGCCGCAGGCCCAUUGGGCCCAGAGAAGGGGGCCCUCGUGGUGACCUCAAGAGUCGUGCCGGUGUGUGACUUCCCCCCGUCGGACGCUGUGGGGCACAUAGUCAGCACCCUCAAGAAACACUCGAAGCUGUGA